ACCCUCAGCAACAAAAUGCAGGUUCCAUUUAUAUUCUUUUAAUAUUUUAUCAUUUAUUUGUUAUAAAAUUUAGCUGUGAUGGGGAGGUCUCGAAGAGAGUCCUCGCCGGAGCUCGAGGUUAAGGUCCAUAAUGGAAAGCCACCAACACCACAAAGGUCUCGCUCACGACGCCCGCCUCGCCCACCCCCGCCAGCUCAUUUCGAGCCAUUUAAAAAAUGGUUUCCCUGGUUGGUUCCGCUCAUAAUAUUGGCUAACAUUGGCCUUUUUAUUCUAACAAUGUACAAGAAUGAUUGUCCUCAUAAUUCUGGAAGAUGUUUGGGUGCUGAUACUCUAGGCAGAUAUGCGUUUCAACGUACACACGAAAAUCCUCUCCUUGGUCCUUCCGCUAAAACGCUACUGAAUAUGGGGGCAAUGCAAUGGUCAAAUGUGGUUGAAAAGAAUGAGGUGUGGCGCAUUGCAUCUUGUAUGUGGCUACAUGCAGGGGUUGUUCACAUUGUUUCGAAUAUGGUGAGUCUAUUAUUUGUUGGGAUUCGGCUUGAGCAGGAGUUUGGUUUUGUGCGAAUAGGAUUGUUGUAUCUUAUAUCUGGAAUCGGAGGAAGCAUAUUAUCAUGCUUAUUUAUCCGUAAUACAAUUUCAGUAGGAGCAUCUGGUGCGUUAUUUGGAUUGCUCGGGUCCAUGCUUUCAGAACUUCUUACAAACUGGACAAUAUAUGCCAACAAGUUUGGAGCAUUACUUAGCCUUGUUUCUAUCAUCCUGAUCAAUAUAGCUGUGGGAAUUCUUCCUCAUGUGGACAAUUUUGCACAUCUAGGAGGUUUUCUUACAGGAUUUCUUCUUGGCUUCAUUCUUUUAAUCCGACCACAGUACGGAUGGGUUAACUACAAAAGUGCUCCACCCGGUUACCAUGCUUCUAAACCCAAAUCCAAAUAUAAGUCGUACCAGGUGGUAUUAUUGGUGUGCUCCAUUUUAGUUCUUAUCGUGGGAUUUAUAGGUGCACUAGUGUCUCUCCUUGAAGGUGUUAAUGGUAAUGACCAUUGUUCCUUUUGCCAUUAUUUGAGCUGUUUCCCUACCCCUCUGUGGAAAUGUGAUGAUCGUUGCACGGCUCAACACACAGAAAACGAAGUGAUUUUGAUGUGCCUUGGCAAUGGAAAGAGUGGAAAUUACACAUUGUCGAGUCAAGACACAACUUCAGAAAUGGCCGAGCUUUGUACUAGUCUAUGUCGUUGAUACUUUACAUGCAGUUUUGCAUAUGUUAAGAUCAGCUAAGUCACACACGAGUAGAACAACAAUAUGGCGUUCAAUUAUUCUUUUAUAAAAUCAUAUAUACAAUUAUUUCCU